AUGGGAGACAAAGUUCUACCUCCUCCUCAACAUGGAAUGUUGAAUGAUACUGUGCAAGAUUUUAAAGAUAAGAUUGUAGCAUUGACCGAUCAAUUGCAACUUAUGACGAUGGCAAUGGCACACCAACAACGACGACAAGAAGAGACCACUCGCCAACAAGAAGAAACUGCUCGUCAAAUAAAACAACUUGCCCAAGUUAGGGAUCCAUUGGUAAACCCUGGACCUAACCUUAUUGCACGCAGGAACAUCCGUGGCGGACGUGGCAAUGUUAGGCGUGGUCAAGGUGGUGGACGUGGUAAUGAAGGGCAAGAUGGUGAGCGAGAAGAAGAAGGUCAAGGAUAG